CACGGGCACGCAGAGUCCAGCAUUCUAAAAAAAAGCCUCCUACUUGGGAAUCUUGCUCCAGCGCACGCCGGCCGGAUUGCCGGCCUCCCGCCGACGGCGCACCGCAGGAAGAGAGAACCGCAGCGAGAGAUCAGCUCGGCUCGGCUGAGGAUUUGCAGAGGGCGGCCAUGGAGGAGGCGGAAGCUCCUCUCCCCUUCCCCACGGAGAAGCUCUCCAUGGAUCCAAAUCGGGAUGGGGGAAGCCGAGGCGGCGUUGUGCUGGUGGCCACCGGCAGCUUCAAUCCCCCCACCUACAUGCACCUGCGCAUGUUCGAGUUGGCGAAGGAUGAGUUGCAGCAGCGAGGGUACUGUGUUUUGGGUGGGUACAUGUCCCCGGUGAACGAUGCGUAUAAGAAGAAGGACCUCUUGCCCGCUGCUCACCGGGUUCGCCUCUGCGAAUUGGCGUGUGGAAGCUCAUCUUUUGUGAUGGUUGAUCCGUGGGAGGCAAUGCAGAAAGGUUAUCAGCGCACCUUGACCGUUCUCUCGAGGGUUGCGAAUUCUCUGUGCAAGGACAGCUUAGCUGAUCAAGGUGAUGUCAGGGUAAUGCUGUUAUGUGGUUCUGACCUUCUGGAGUCAUUCAGCACGCCAGGGGUUUGGAUUCCAGAUCAGGUCAGGGCCAUAUGUAAAGACUUUGGUGUUGUUUGUAUACGUAGGGAAGGAAAAGAUGUUCAAAAGCUAAUAUCCAGCAGCGAGACACUGCAAGAAUGCAGGGAUAACAUCAUUUCGGUUGAUGAGAUUGUGCCAAAUCAGAUCAGUUCAUCUAGAGUAAGAGAAUGUAUAAGAAAACAUCUCUCAAUAAAGUAUCUUACUUGCGAUGAAGUAAUCGAGUACAUUAGAGAGCACAAACUUUACAUGGAAACAGAAGAGGGUGAUACCAAAUCAUGACAAUGUUGCAAGCCUUUUGAAACGACCAUGUAGCAAGGACUGACACCUUGGGCAUCGAUGUUAUGAUACAAUCUGAACUAUCAGCGACGAGCUACGAUUAUCUGAAGUAAAAGGGCCUGACUGCCUUAUUAUUAUUAGCAUCAUGACUGGAUGUAAAUGUAUGGAGACCAGUAUGCCAUACACAAUAUUUACUAGUAGAAGGUUCUUGAAUCUUCCUCACAUUGUUGUCAAUGUAUCAGUCUUUCGACCAACAGAAUAUAUUGCUAAUAAAGCAUUUAUAUGACA